AUGGGUGGGGUUGGCAAAACAACCCUUGCUCAACUUGUUUACAAUGAUAAUAGAGUAAAAGAUAGUUUUGAUUGCACAACUUGGAAUUGUGUUUCAGAAAAUUUUGGUAUUUUAAGUAUACUAAAAACUAUUUUUGAGCAAGUCACUGCAACUACUUGUGACAUUCAGGACUUAAAUUUGUUGCAAGUUAAAAUUACAGAGAGGUUUGGAGGGAAGAAAAUUUUUGUUGUUUUAGAUGAUGUUUGGAAUGAGAAGUAUAAUGUUUGGGAUCACUUAGUUAGAAUUUUUAGAUGUGGGGCACGAGAGAUUAAGAUCAUUGUCACAACACGUAGUGAAAAUGUUGCAUUAGUUGUGGGCACCCUUACAACUCAUUACUUAAAGCAAUUGUCAGAUGAAGAAUGUUGGUUGUUAUUUGCAAAACAUGCAUUUAAGAAUGGAAAUUCUCAUGAAUAUCCUAACCCAAAAGUAAUUGGUAAAGGAAUUAUCCAUAAAUGCAAAGGCUUGCCACUAGCCGCAAAAACACUUGGGGGUUUGUUGCGAUCUAAAGAAGACCCAAGGGAGUGGGAAAAGAUUUUGAAGAGUGACAUGUGGGAUUUACCAGAGGGCAAAAGUGAUAUUCUUCCAGCUCUAAGAUUAAGCUACCACUACCUCUCAUCACAAGUUGCCGAGCAAUAUGAGGAGACUAGUAAACUUACGCCACUAGGAUAUAAGCGGAACAAUAUUAAAGAGUUGGGGGAGCUUCAACAUCUUUAUGGAGCAUUAUCUAUUAUAAACUUGCAAAACGUUCAACAUGCUAGAGAUGCUACAGAGGUUAAGUUAAAGGAUAAGCAGUACUUGUCUGAAUUGGUGUUUAGAUGGAGUCAUGGCACUGACAAUUCAGAAAAUGAAAGAAUUGUGCUUGAGCAAUUGCAUCCUCAUACAAAAUUGGAAUCUCUCACUAUUGAAAAUUAUGGGGUACAAGAUUUCCAAAUUGGUUAG